AGGCGUUGCGAGAGCUGUGCCCUGGGUUCGGGUAAAAUACUGUUUUGUCGCAAUGGUGGCCACUGUAGGGAUAGAAAAGGAUGUAUUUGCCCAUUGGGAUUUAAUGGCACAAAAUGCGAAACUGAUCUUUGCUCAGGUUUUUGUCUAAAUGGCGGUAUUUGUAAGCCGGUGGUUGCUGCAAAGUAUGCCCUGCAAGCAGUUCGGUGUGCUUGCACAAGCGGAUUUAGCGGUGAAAGAUGUGAGGACGAUUGGUGUCGUCAAAACGAAGGCUACUGUUUGAACAAAGGUGAUUUAUUUAGGAGCCUAUAA